AUGGGUUACGGUGAAUAUGGUGCUGCAUCUGGUUAUUUUCCGUCACAACAACCGAAUCUCAAUAUUUGGGAAUCGAACAAUGUCUUAUCUGAAGAAGAUGAGGCAAAUGAAGAAUGCGAGGAUGAUGGUUGGUCGCGAUCAGAAACUGCGGCUCUUAUAUCCGGCUACAUGAACACCAGCACCGACAUAAUUAUCGGCACAAAUCAAAAGAAGGGUGUAUUUUGGAAGAGAGUCUUGGACGCAUACGAUGCUGCCAGGGAAUCGAAUCCAGAUGAAAUAUCCCUACGAACUAUUAGUAGUUUGAAGGGAAGGUGGAUGCGAAUCUCUGAAGCCGUGUUAAAGUGGUGCGGAAGCUAUGAUAAGGCCCGGAAGCGAAAGGGAAGUGGCUAUAACAAAGAUGAUGUUAUCCAAGAGGCCCACAAAAUCCAUGAGAACUCGUUCGGACGAUUCACCUUCUACGAGGAAUGGAUCCAACUAAGGAAGUGGGACAAAUUCCGGUCUUUCUUGGACCAACAAACAUUCAAGCCAUCGGUGGGACGUCCACAUUCAACUCCACUGACGGAUGAGUCUGUAGGGAGCGGAAGUAGUGGGAAGAGGACACGGGAUGAGGGUGACAAUUCCUCACCUACCACACCAACCAGCGUGGGUGUCGGUGAUGAGAGAGUAGCUCGUGCUGAAGGUAUUAAAAAGGCUAAGUCGAGGUUGAAGGGUAAAGCUCCAUCAAGUCAAGCAUUUAAGGAAUUAGAAACAUUCAACACUCGAUUGCAGCUUUUUGGGGAGUCGAUGAAUGUGUCAAACGAAGCAGAAAUGAAGAGACUUGAAAUACAAGAGCGCAAGGAGGCAAGGAAACAACGGAAAAUUGAGCUAGAGUAA